AUGGGUGGGAUACUCUCCACACGUACAAGUUCACGCCAUCCUUCUAGUUCUCCUUCAUGGAGUCAUCAAGGCUAUCCGCCGUCAUCAUAUGCUCAACCAAGCCAAGAAUAUAUGCCAUACCCUCACUAUGCACCUCCACCUCAGGGCCAUGGUGACCGAGCAACAAAUUCUAGGAGGUUGGAGAGAAAGUAUUCAAAGAUAGAUGAUAAUUACAUUAGCCUGGAACAGGUUACUGAAGCCUUGGCACGUGCUGGCUUGGAAUCUUCAAAUCUCAUUGUGGGUAUUGAUUUCACAAAAAGCAAUGAGUGGACAGGUGCAAGAUCAUUCAACCGGAGAAGCCUGCAUCACAUUGGAGAUGAUCAAAAUCCCUACGAACAAGCAAUAUCUAUCAUUGGAAAAACUCUAUCUUCCUUUGAUGAGGAUAACUUAAUUCCCUGUUUUGGAUUUGGAGAUGCAUCAACGCAUGAUCAAGAAGUUUUCAGUUUUUAUCCGGAUGAGAGGUUUUGUAAUGGAUUUGAAGAAGUUUUGAGACGGUAUAGAGAAUUGGUCCCCCAUCUACGACUUGCAGGACCAACAUCUUUUGCCCCUGUCAUUGAAAUGGCGAUUACUAUAGUUGAGCAAAGUGGUGGCCAGUACCACGUUUUACUUAUAAUAGCUGAUGGGCAGGUGACAAGAAGUGUCGACACUGAGCAUGGCCAACUAAGCCUGCAAGAAAAGAAAACUGUUGAAGCAAUUGUAAAAGCAAGUGAGUACCCCCUGUCCAUUAUAUUAGUUGGUGUUGGAGAUGGACCAUGGGACAUGAUGAAGGAAUUUGAUGAUAAUAUCCCUGCUCGGACAUUCGACAAUUUCCAGUUUGUGAAUUUUACAGAAAUAAUGGCAAAGAACAUGGACCGAUCCAGAAAAGAAGCAGAGUUUUCUCUUGCUGCUUUGAUGGAAAUACCUUCUCAGUAUAAAGCAACGCUAGAGCUUAAUAUUUUGGGUGCUACUAGAGGGAAGGCUAUAGAUAGGGUUCCUCUUCCCCCUCCCCAGUAUGGUGCUGGUGCAACUUCAUUCAGAAACCCAAAACCUGCACAAUCAAGCAGCACUCGUCCAAGUGCACCUUCUUCUGGCAGACGUGACACAGUUGGCACAGCACUUCCUGGAACUUCUGCUACUGAUAAUUAUCUUUGUCCCAUUUGCCUCACCAACCCUAAGGAUUUGGCCUUCGGUUGUGGACAUCAGACAUGCUGUGACUGUGUUAUGUCUAUGGAUGAGGACUUGGUGUGGAUGUGGAUAACAGAUAAGAUGGAAGAAGUGUUCACAAGAUCUAUUGCCUUGGUCCAAAUUCACCUGACUAUGAAAGCUCUACUUGAUCGUCUUGAGAGCUGCUUUAGAGCCUCCAUGGCUGUUGCGAGUAUAGUUCAUCCUUCCAGCUUGGACAACAUUGAUCACCUUCUUAAAAGAGCUGCAGAGGCUAAUCCAAGAGCUAUUCUGUAUCCUGCAGUCCAGAGGAUUAAGGAUGCCCAGUUAUUGGAGGAGGAGCACUUGGUUCACUACCGUUCCAAGCUGAAAGGCCAUGCCAUACCCAAGCCCCGCCCCUUGCAACAAUUGGGAACCAUAAGGAGAGCCCAUAUGUUUCAACUGGUCUACAAACAAAGUUUUGUAACGUCUUUGAAGAAUGAGGUUUGUCAAAUUGGUUUGAUGAAGGAGAAACAUAUGGUGGUUACCAUUAUGGAGGGGAAUCAGCCAUCUCAGGUCCAAUGUGAUGAGAAUAUGGAUAAAAUUAGUGAUGUACAGGACGAAGACGAUGAUACAGUGGAGGAGCAGUGGCGUGACCAAGGAGAUAUGAUUAUGAACUCUGACAUGGCCUCUACUUCCAGCAGUAUACACGAUUUGGCAAUUCCUCCAACCAUCAAUUUCAAAAAAUGGAAAGCGAGUGGUAAAAUCCUUUUUCCCUCUUAA